AUGAAAAAAGUGAAACAAGAGUUAACGCUCAGGUUCCUGCUGCUUUGUCUUCUAAGAGGAACAUUAGCCAGUGGUAAUUCACUGUUAAGGAAACCAAGGGUUUGGAAGGUUGUAUCUCCAGUUUCUUCAACUGGUUCAACACGUAAUUAUCUUGUUGUUAAGGGGUUAAUUAACGAUAAUGUUGCUUUAUAUGAGGAGGAAAUUGAGUCAUUUUCUAGUUUGGAUCAUAAGCCGCAUAACAUCUUCCCCCCUGACUUCGUUUUUGGUGCUGCCAGCUCUGCUUUCCAGGUGGAAGGAGCAACAAAGGCAGGAGGGAGAGGACCAAGCAUAUGGGAUACAUUUUGUGAGAGGUCUCCCGGUCCGAGUUGGGCGUGUCAACGACUAUCGAACACACGGGGAAAAAUUGCUGAUAGAUCAAGUGGAGAUCCGGGAGCAGGCUCAUACUACCGCUAUAAAGAAGAUGUGCAGCUCUUAGUCGACAUAGGCCUCCAAGCUUACAGAUUCUCCAUCUCUUGGCCAAGAGUACUCCCAAAGGGCCGUGGCCUGCCCAAUCAGGAAGGACUCAAGUACUAUCACAAUCUGAUUGAUGAGCUAAAGCUUCAUGUGAAGCAUUCGAUCACAAUGAAUGAACCUCUGAUGUUUGCUAGUCAGGGAUAUGGCCUUGGGCGGUUGGCUCCUGGCCACUGCACCCCAGACAUAGAAAUUCCAGGAUUUGGUCCUCUUAAUUGCCCUGUUGGAGAUUCUCUCAGAGAGCCCUAUAAAGUUGCUCAUAACUUACUCUUAGCUCAUGCAGAAGCAGUAGAUCUCUACAAAACCCAUUACCAGGCUAAGCAAAGGGGAAAAGUGGGAAUUACAAUAAACUCACAUUGGUAUGAACCUUAUGAUGAAAGUCCACUUAAUAAAGAGGCGCAACAAAGAGUUCUUGAUUUCAAUGUAGGAUGGUUUUUGGAUCCGGUGAAGUUUGGUAAUUACCCGUUUUCUAUGCGAGCUUUGGUGGGGGAUAGACUCCCAAUCUUCACGGACGAAGAGUCUGCAAAGCUUAGGGAGUCUUAUGAUUUUAUUGGGGUCAACUAUUACACAUCAAGAUAUGUCAAAGACAAGCCUUAUAAUUAUACUAUCAAACCACAGACCUGCAAUGACGACGUACAGGCCGACACACCAGGGACGUCCACGGUCUGGUUCGCACUACGCUGCCAGAUGCACGAUAUGAUGCGAUCCACGUCGCCGUUUGCACAUCCAAACACACAAUUCUAUGUAUUUACAUCACUCACACACAAAUCUUCAUAUUUGCCUGCAUAUCACUUAAUUACAUCCAUCACAUCUAAACUAUCACUAAUCUUCACUGACAUUUGUUUGAUUGCUAAGAGAGCUGGGGUGCCCAUCGGACCCGCAAAGCCGAAGAGUUGGGUGAAUGUGUAUCCAAAAGGAUUGCGGCACAUAAAGCGAAGAUACAACAAUCCUGCGAUUUACAUCACUGAAAAUGGGGUUCUUGCGUAUAAUGAUGAUGGAGUUAACAUACCUACUGAAGAUAUAUUCCGGACAGAGUUCCUCACCUCUCACCUUCAUGAACUUGAGGAUGCCUUAAGUAGUAGAGCCAAUGUGAAGGGAUACUUUGUGUGGUCACUGUUAGACAACUUUGAAUGGAGGGAUGGCUAUACAUGCCGGUUCGUUCUGAACCACAUCAACUACGACAACUUGCAUGAACCGGAUCUGAGGAGGACUCCCAAGCAAUCUUCUCGUUGGCUUAAACGUUAUCUACGUAACAUAAACAAUACUAAGCCCACAGUACUUCCAGCUCCUAUCAUAUCAGAGCUCGUCAAACCUGUUGUUGCUACUAAAACAUAAAUAUGCAUUUGCAGGCUAUGCUGAUUAUGCUAAUGUUUUAUAUCAUAUAUUAUGUUGCAUGCCUUCUCUGUGUUCUUGAGCAAAUAAGGAUGGUGAUGAGCUCACCUAGUACUGCUUUUAUUGUUAUUAUUAUCGUAUGUAAGAGUUUAAGUUGUUGAGGAGGCUUGAAUAAAUCAUCU